AUGGAUACCUACUAUCUGAAAAGUCUUAAUAACGAUACGGAUGUGGUGGAUGGCCCUGGGGAUGGUAAGAUCGAGAUCGAAAUCAAAGACUCUUGGUUCGAACCGGCAAAUCUGGAUGGGUUUUUGUGGAAAACUGCUUUUAUAUGGGCUGAGCAGGCUAUGAAGAAUAUGCGAGAGGUUAACUAUAACUACGGUAGCCAAAGUGGCGGAUUUGCUGGUGCUGUUUAUGAGCCGGAUUUGUGGCUGAAACAGUACGUUGUGCUAUCCGAAAUUUUGGUUACUUAUGGUGUAGACUAUGUAUAUGAUAGUGUUGAGGCUAUGUGGACAAAGUUGUAUCUUAAGGAAAGUAAAGCAGAUGAGAUGUCUUGUGUGGAGCAGGAAGAGAUGAUUAUGCUGGCCAAAUCAUUCGCGGAGUUUAUCGUUCCUGAGCUUGUACCGGAGAUUGAAGUAGGUGCUGAUAUUGGCCUGGAAGAAAUGUCCUGGCAUUGUGCGGAAGAAGCUAGUACUGGUGGUGAUUAG